UGUGAUAUUGCUAUUAAACUAAACCCUGAAAUUGUUUGCCACAAAUCCCAAAACCCUUUGAUUAUGUUUUUCAAAUUCAACCAACCAAGAACUCCCAACCUCAUCGAUUCACCAAUCCCAACCACCGUGUGGCGCGCCGGCUCCUCAGCCGACGCUUCCACCCAACUCACCGCCAAUUUCAUAUUCCGGUAACCCAUCACUUCUUUCAUACCUUUUUUUUUUUAAUUCACAAGGUGAACUUUUUUUAACUCAUGAAGGAUUCAACAAGUAACGGUAUGAACUGGUUUGAAGGAAUCAUUCCAGAGGUUAAUGAUAUAAUGCUUCAGGGUACAUUUAAAUAUGUCGAAAACCAUGUGAAUAAUGUAGGUGGAACCUUGAAAAAACUAUGUUCUGAUGUUGUCCAAGAUUUUCUUCCUCCUUCAGCGGAUUCUGUAAAUUGUGAAGCUGAAGAACUGGUUCCAGAAGAAGGUGCUGCCACCGGUACCUUUACAGAGAAUAACUCAGCGAUUAGUAUCGAGAAUUUUUUUCCAAAUCUUCUUGUUGAAAAAUCACCAGUGGUGAUUGAUGAAAUUGAUCAUGAGAAGUCUACAGAUGCCCAUGAAGAUUCAUUAUCUGAAUUAGCAAAAUGGAAUGAAGAACACUUCGAAGAAUCAUCACUUAGAAAUAGUCGUGAUAAUUCUGAUCGAUUUGAAACUGUAGAGAAUUCAGGCUCUGGAUUAGUACUGGCUUUGACAAAUAGAAACUUGGACUUCAUCAUUGACGAAAAUGCUAUAAAAGAGUCUACAGAUGAUUCCGAGCUGAAUUUUCCUAGUGUGGCAGAAUCUAUUGAAACAUCCUUAAUUGAUGAAUCCAUUGAAACCAAUAAUGAAAUGGACUAUGUUGAGAAGCAGCAGCUUGAUCAUGUUUAUUUGUCUGUGGAACAUCUUUCUCUAGAUUACUUCGGAAAUGCAAAGUCAAUACAUAUUGAUGAUGUAAAUUUCAUGAAGGAGUCUGUGGAUGGAGAAUCGGAGCUAACUUCUCCUGAUGUGAACGAAUCCUCUAAAGCAUCAUAUGUUGAUGGACUGACUAAAGCUAAUUAUGAAAAUGAAUGUAUGUUUUCGGUGAAUGUUGCUCUGCCAACCACAGUUCAAAACAGUCUAGAGAAUGAACAAUGUUCAGAAGCUUUGUAUGAUAUCAUUGUUGAUGAUGCAGAGUGUUAUUUCGAUACUUCGACCAACUCCAGUGUAAGUAACUCUACUAGUCUUCCUACGUAUUCAUCUGAUGUCUUAAGCGGGUUCCUUUCUUCUACACCAGCCUCAGCUGUGUCGAUUAAUGAAGAAGAGCUAAGGAAGCAACUUAUUCCCUCCUGUACUCUUUUGCCAUUGGAAUCAACUGAUGUCUCCAAUGCUGAUGUUUCUGACUCUUGCAUGGAAAAUAUCGACUUAUGCGAUGAGAUGAAGCUUUCAGAGAGUUGUGUCCUUGUAGAUGAUAGCACUCUUCGUGCCAUAUCUCGUAGAGCUCGAAAGCUUGGGUCAUACAAGAAAAAGAUACAAAACAUUUUUGCUUCGAAGAAGAGGCUGGCAAAGGAGUAUGAACAGCUAGCAAUAUGGUUUGGGGACGCCGAUAUCAAUUCCAGCCAAGAUUCAUCGUCUGAUUCACACAAUCAACAAACUCGUCACACACGUGAUUCAGAAUGGGAGCUACUGUAAAUAAUAAAAGAAAAGGGUCUGGUAUCUGUAAAUAACGGCAAAAAAAAGGGUGUAACGGGACUUAGUUUCAUCGAUUUUUUCUACUCUUAUAUAAAUCGCCGGUAUAGUCAUUUAUUAUGGUUGAGGCACUCUCUUUUGAUUAGAACCCCAUGAAAUGAGGUAGUUAUGCAGCAAAUGUGGUACAAAAUUACUCUUGAACCUUUUUUGAAUCAAGAAAAAUAAAUGAGAAAUGGAAAAAAUAACAAAAAA